AUGGAAGGGCUGCUGUCCUCCAUGGAGCUUGGCUUUGGGCUGAUCCUGAGGGAGCUGAGUGCGGUCCUGGUGGUGCUGCUGCGCGAUGGCCUGUGUUCUCAGUUCAUGUUCCAGAGCCUCCAGCGGGGAAGCCGCAGUUGGCAGUUGGUCUUAGCAGCCAGCGGUUUCGACGCGCGGCAGCUCUUCCGAGGCGGCUGCUGCGGAGGCGGUGGCUGCAGCGCGGUACCUCCGGGAGGCGCGGCGUCGGCCGAGCGGCGGCCGCGAAGCGUUGAGCCCAGCGCGGCGGCGACGGCGGCGACGGGCGCGGGCCCCGAGCUGGUCCGCGGGCAGGUGUUAGACGUGGGGCCGCGCUCCAGCAGCCUCAACCGCGAGGGCUCCUACCGCGUGGUGUGGCUUAUUCAGUGUGAUAGAAGUCACUGUUAUGAAAGCUAUGAAAAGCAGCGGGCUGAAACACUGGCUGCCCAGAUCGAAGUGAAGUGCCACCUCAUCGACCAGCUAUAUGCGGCUAAACAGGAGUGUGCCAGCAUGGAGACGACUUUAAAGUAUGCUGGGCUAGAGAAGGAGCCAGUAAACGUACGCAGCCUCGCUAACGCUUACAGACAGUUGAUGACGGUCAACCUGAAUUCAAGGAAGGAAAUCAGUUUUCUCAUUGAAGAACUGAGGAAAGAGAGAUCCCUGCAGUCUAUUCAAGCAGAGGUGGCGGAGAUGCUGAAAGGGCGCACGUUCCUGGAGGAGGUCACGAGAAUCAGCACAUCACAAGGGGCUGUUACAAACCAGCCAGGGGACCGAGCACCAAGUCCUGCUGGUCCCUUUCCCAGGAGUGGGCCCUCGUGUUAAACCUGUGCUGUGCCCUCACUCCACUCAGACCUCCCAAGCUGCCUCUGCCCUUGGACCUGGCACAUGCGAAAUUCUGUGUAUGUGUCCCAAGAGAAUGAAAUCUGUUUGCCCCAGUCACGUGGGGCUCCUGGAGGUAAGCCCCCUGGCCUUCAAAACCACAUGUCCUGGGCUCUCCUCUUGCCAACGCUGGACCCCGGGCUGGGGAGCCUGACAUGGGGCUCAGCGCUCUCAGUCCUGUGGGAGGGCCUCUGUGACUUAAUUACUCUUAAGCUUGUGGGUCACACACCCAGGCGGUUUGGGGCCUGAUUCUACUGUGAGCAUGCCCUCCUACUGUCCCCUGCAGGUCUCUCUCUAUAUUUCUAAUUGAAGAUCUUUUUUGCUAGGUUACAGUCUUUUUUGUCAAUGGUUGUUUAGCAGUCAUUGUGGUUUUUUUUAGUCGUGAGAAGAGGUGAAUUCGUGGUCCUACGACUCUUCCAUCUUGACCCUCCCCGAUACUCUAUUUUCUUUUAGCCAGACAUACAGAGCUGUGAUGUAGAUCAGGUAUAACCAGUACUUUCCCACCCCACCCAGGCUUUGACUUUUUAAACAUGGGACCCAGUGCCUGACUCGGGUGCCCAGUAGUCCCUGAUAUACUGUGCUUGGGAAAAAGCCUGUUUUUUCAUAGUGUGAAAUAACAAGACAAUUCCUUACCCUGUAUAUGUGUUUGGUUAGAAUCUUACUCCAUUGCAUCUCCAAGGACUCCCAGAUCCCUUUCUCCUCUUCAUCCUAACCCAGGGUCCUUAGCUUGCACCAUAAUACCUGACUAGCUAGUUCUCCAGCUUCAAGUCUCCCCUCUUACACCAUCAUUCACAAGUGCCUCAUGAUGGCCUUUCAGAAAAGCCUAUCUGAGUGCACUGCAUCCUGGCCUAGAAGCAUUCCUGUGGCUAAGCAGUGACUGCCCAAUGGAGUCCAAACUCUUCAGCAGGCCCUUAAGACCCUUUGCAAAGAUGGCUUGCCAUCUUCUGAUUCCAUGUCCCUCAGCACUGUAUGUUCUAGCUAUAUCAGAUUUUACCAUCCAUUUCUUGUCACUUUAUUGGUUACUUUUCAAAAUCCAAUUUAAAUAUAAUUCUACAAGUAUAUUUAAUCAUUCCUUUUCUGUGUUUCUAUAGUAUCUUAUUUAUAUAACUAAAAAAAUACCUUUAUACUGGGUAGUGGUUACUCAGAUAUCUAUCAGUUCUCUACUAGUCUAUAAACUAUGAAGGAAGGGUCUAUGUUUCUAUUUUUUAUUUUCUAUUAAUUUAAUAAAACAGUUGUUGAAUGAUAGGUAUUAGACAUAAUAUCUAUGAGAUUCCUUACUGAUCUAAAUAUCCUAAUUUUUUAUUAUUCAAUUCUAUUUUAGGAACCAAACCACCCUUUAAUUCAUAAGUUGCCUUUCUAGAAAGCAUUUUGGUAAUAAAAGUAUCAGGAAUCUUUAAAAAAUGUCCAUUAAAUCUGAUCCAGUAAUUGUAGUUCUAAUAAUCUAUAUUAAGGAAAUAAUCAAAAAUAUAGUGAAAAAAAAAAGCUAUCAAUAGGAUGUUCUACACAAUAUUUCUUAAGAGCAGGGAAAUUUGGAGUCUAAUUUCUUACCAGAAUCUAAUGACUUACUAAAUUACAGCACAAUCAUAAGAUGGAUUAUUAUCAAACCAUCUUAAACAGUUCUUGAAUUAUAGUAAAUGACAUAGGAAAUGCUCAUGGUAUAACUUUCAAGGAGAAAACAUAUAUAAAAGAGAAUACAGAUGUCCAGUCAAAUGGAAUGUUGAAUUCAUAGGCUGAGCCUUUCUUCUGCUGAAAACACAUAGCAAUGAAUGGGAACAUAAAAGAGAAAAUCAAACCAACACAAUGUGCUUUACAAAAAAUGUUAAUAUCUCUUUGGACCAGAAAUAGCAGAGAAGCCCAAGUUAAUAAAUAAUGUGGAGAUGAGAGGUCACUGGAAUGUGCACAUGGAGGAGAAGGUAAAGAUCUUAGCUUACAUGGAAACUGGUGGGGAAAGAGGUCACACAGCAGGGAAUGGAACUGGUCUCACCACUGGAAACCCAGAGCUGUGACCGGGCUCUAGACUCAUGAAAGGAGGGUGAAAAGAGCUAUGGUCCACACACAGCUGUGUGUCUAGGGCAGCAACAGCAGACAGAUACAUCUUUCCAGGCAUGACCUGAGCCAAGUCGUUCACUAGCUUGCUGACCGAAUCUUCAAUAACUAAACAUGUCCAUAUGGCAGGACUCCCAGGCAGACUAAGUCAAAAUAAUAGAAAAAAUUAAGAGAGUGCAGAUGUGUGGGGUCAGGGUACGGGAGAGAGCAAGGGACAAACAGAUUGACAGGCAUUUUCUGUCAGAACUCCUCAACUCUUCAGUUGUAACACAAAAGCAAUCAUACAUAAUUCAUAAAUGAUUGGAUGUAUAAGGCUAUAUUCCAAUUGAAUUUUAUUUACAAAAAGCUCACAGGCUGUAAACUUCUGACAUCUUCUGACACCUGUUUUAAAUCAACAUUCAAAUACCUUAAAGAAAACUAAUGAGUAGAAACAAAGCAUACAGCUAUUAACAAAUGAAAGAUGAAACAAAAACUAUAGAAAAUCCAAACAGAAUUUUAAUAUAUUUUUAUAAGCGUCAAAGAGAUAAAGGAAAGAUAAUAUUCAAAAAAAGAACAAGAAAUUAUUUUAAAAGUAAACAUAGA